AUGCCGGAUGCCUUGUGGAGCUUGUGAAAUGUAAUGUCUAGUUUAUACAUGGCAAACAGGAAGCAGAAGAACAGUCUUUCAGACCUAAUAGAUGGAGUGGAAAAUGAACACAAAGCUGAAAUUCAACUUUACAUCUCAGGUCACCUCAACCCUAGUAAGCUUUACAAACCCCCCCAAUCCACAAAGCACAGUAUCUGGGCGAGUGGCAAAAAAUCAGCAUACGCCAUUAAAAAAAGAAAACAAUUCACAACACCCAGAGCAUUCACUGAGGUAACUGGAAAAACAACGUGUACUUUGGCCAACUUCGUUGAUGAUGCCAUACCAGCUCCCACGCGAACCAGAUCUGCUGCUCAUUCAUAUCGUCAGCCUCCGGGAUCUCAGGCCAGCUCUGUCACUCCAGUAAGUGUUUCUCUAGGUAAUCCUUCUUGGGAAAUACAAAGAAAGAAAGCAGCUAAGAAAACGGAUGAGGGAGCUGGUAUACUUCGGAAGCCGCUUAUCAGAGAAGAGUUAGAUGUUCCAGAGCUGAAAAUGUUGAAAUAUAAAUCAACGAUGAACAGUCGGCUUUGUGUUGCAGAGGGGACUAAAGAUGAAUACCAAUUCGUUCCUUCCUAUUUGGCUGGCGUGACCAAAACAGACCAGUUUCUCAAAUUCAUGCAAUUUCAGAAGGAUUUUAUUGCCAAGAAAGAUUUGCUAGAGAAUGAUUUCAUUGGGAGCAAGGCAGCAGAGCAUCAUGAAAAGAAGUUAGCACAAGCCCUCCGGAAUAUUUGUGAUUGCACUCGUCCCCACUUUAACCGCCUGCAGGCUAUUGGGGAUGUGUUUGAAGAUAUUUGCAACAGCUCUUUGAUCUUUGGUGACAUUCUGAAAGAAGUGAAGAAUGAAUAUGAGCUUUACAUUGUGAUCCUGCUGGAUUCUCUGCCUACACUGCAAUACAGGACCUUGCAGAAUGAAGUCAAAGGUAUGGAGAAGAGGACAGUGAAGACUCAGGAAAUUGUGGAGGCCAGGCAGCAAGUCCAGGUUCUUGUGCAGAAGUCUAAACAAGUCUUAGAAAGGAACGAAGAAAUCAGAAAUGAGUUAGAAAUUGAACUGUGGAUGAGUCAGUCUGUCUCAGAAGAGCCAGCACCAUCUAAACCUGAAGAGUCACCCAAAGUGGAGACGCCUCUUUCCAGUAGUGAGCACCUUGAAUCUCUGAGGUCACAAAUUCUCGCCAAGUGGGAGGUGAUUCAACAAAUGCAAACCGAAAUUAAAGACACCAUGACUUCUGCUGGCAUUGCUAGCAUCAGAGAGAAAACCAUUAAGGAAUUACGGAGUGAAGCAGUGAAGCUCGAGGCCUCUAAUAAGUUUCUAAAAAAGCAAAUAAAGGAUGUUGAAAACAAUCUCAAUGGAGCUUUAAGGAGACAGAAGAUUACUCCACAGAGUCAGCAGAGUUUUUGGGACUUGAUGAACUGUUUCUUGACACUUCCAUCAAGUGAAGAAAGUAUAGAAAAUGAAGAAGGAUCAUUCGAGCGAUUGGAUUCCCGUCCAGGAUCAGAAACUAAUAUUCACUUUUAG